AUGAGAUUCUGGCUUCUUCUGACUUCCUUCAUGGUGCGAGCCCACCGAGACUCCCGAGAGUCUCAGCACUUCGCGAUCCAAGCCGACGAGGAAAUCGAAGAGCCUGCACCCACGAUUUUGGCUUCGCCUGAGAACUGGUCCAGCGUGCUUGGGUCCAUCGAAUUAGAGCCCCUUCGAGUGCAUCUCCUUCCAGGCGUCUACAGCAAUGUAUCCUUUGUGCUGCCACCCGGUGCCACGCUGGAGUUGCAGGGUGAGCCGGGCACGAAGGUGGAAUUAUUGGAAGUUUAUGGCAACGACAGUGACCGCACUGCCGAGUCUGAGCUCAUGCUGAAGAGCCUCCAGCUGUCGCAGAGUUUGCUCGAGGAUUUGCGCUAUCUGAUUCUGAGUUUGACAGAUGUGGCACUUGACCAGACUGGCGGCUCCGUGGCCCACUUUGAUGCAGGCUGCGUCCGUUCUCUCACAAUCCAACGCUCGGUCCUGAUUUCGACCAAAAUGGAUAUCUGUGGUGUCAAUGUCGCGAUCGUCGACUCCACAAUCAUGUUCCUGAUUGUGCAGAGUAAGCUGACCCUUAAGAUUGCAAACUCGACGCUUGCGAACUGUAGCUUCCAUUCGCACGGGAACCUCAGCAUGGUAAACUCCAGCAUGAUCGGGAAGUACCACUUGGCCUUGGGUUCCCACAACCGGAUUCAGAAGUCGCAUUUCGGCGCCUGCCACGGAUACUGCAUUCAAGCUAAUGCCUUGGACGCAACGGAAGAAUCUUACUUCACUAUGGCCGGUUCCUCCAUGCAGACCGCGAUCUUAUGUUUGGGCAGCGGUUGGCGUGUGGAGAUGCACGACAUGGAAGUCUACGAUGUCCACGCACCGUUCUUCGAUCUACUUCCCGGAUUCGGUUCUGUCAUUGAAGGUCUCCCUACGCUGGAUUUGACUUUCUCCAUGGUCAAGUUUCGGAGGGUGUGGAGUGUUGUCAAAAUCGACGCGAACCACUGGAAGCUAGCCAUGCACGGCGUCACGAUGGAGGAGGUCACGCUUACCGGCCUCAGCCUGCAAAGCAGGGACGAGAACAGGCGUGGUCUUGUUCAGCUUCGUGACGUUUCUAUGAGCAACAUGUUGGGAGUCGGGAUGGUCAUGGACCAGGUGAUCGCGGACAUCUCCGGCAUGACAUGCCGAGAGUGUAACGUUGGAGUCGUAGCCAUGGACCAGGUGAUCGCGGACAUCUCCGGCAUGACAUGCCGAGAGUGUAACGUUGGAGUCGUAGCCCGGGGCUCUACUCUAAACAUGAGUGCGGUAGAUAUGCUGGGAAAGCACAAGCAAAGCAACGGUAUUGUUUUGAAGUCUUCGCAUUUAGAAGCGACUGACGUGCGUAUGACGAACCUGGCGGCUGGACUCUUGCUGAAGUCCUCGACCAAAAUGACAUGCGAAAUGGUGUCCGGUCUCAGAAGCACGGCCCCGAGUCCCGAAGAUUCCGAAGAUGAGGAAGGCCAUCUCGGAUACCAAAAUGUUGGCCUCGCCGAGAGGGCUGCGUACGAAAAGGACAACAUUAGGGCAUCCUGGUUCAUAACUCAAGAUGAUUUGGUCGCAGGAAUCAAGACUCAGAUGCAGAAUGUGGUGGCUUCGGCUGAGAAGCGCGAUCAGAUGAAACAAGGUCGCGUCGACCUUGAGGGCUUGUUUGACCCAGACCCCGAACGUCAAAAGGGGCAAAAUGCGGCUAUGGAUGCAAAGACCGGCUGGGCGCUGGAGGAGGGGAAGGUCAUGCGCACGAAUUCUAUCGCCUUCCAGUUCGCCAACGACUAUGUCAGGUACCAUGCCUACAUGGCAUUGUUGCCUGCAGCUUUCCGGGUGUGUGUGGAGAAUGACUACAUAUGCAAGCAGUCUCCAAUGAUGAGGGAGCGCAUCCGCGAACCCGAUAUGUUCGAUUGCUGCAUGUCAGAAGACCCGGAGACAACAAACAUAUUUUCUAGCAAAAGCAAAUUGCAUGCGGUAGGGUGCAACAAGUGCACUCCAACGUCUUGCUUCAGAGAGCAAGCAUCGGAUGUUGGUGGUGGCUUGCUUUGGGCUCCGUCCGACCCACCAGUUGCAUCGAAGCCGAACCCAGUCCCCAAAGAAUUUUCAGACCCACAUCGUUGGUACAUGCAUGGCGGACCAUGCAGCAAAUACGAGUACGUUACCUCCGCAAAGUUCCCGGGUGAUCGUGGCCACCAUCAACAACGGAAGACGAAGUACUGCCAAAUCGUUGAGGACUGGUCGGUGACCAGGUCUUCGGAGGUGCAGCCCGGAUCCCUUUCGGGAUGGCUCUGCGGCUUCGACUCUGACUCUGAGGUGGACAUGAGCAAGAACUUUCAGCCAAACAAUGCUUUACAGUCCGACCUGGACAAGCUGGUCAGUCGCUUCACCGGUUACGAGUUGAAUAAGACUGAGGGGUACGCGACCUUCGGCGCCAUGCUGCAGCAAGAUGUCGUUGGGCCAGUCCGCAAGCCUUUCGCGGUGGCCGGAGGCUUCAGCUUGGAGAUUCUUAGGGUUUAG